UACUUCCACCUCCGGCGCCCACUGCCACUAUCUCUUUUGGGUCUCUGUUUUGCUCCAGUCAUUCGGCUGUCGCUGUUUUGAUCUUCGAUUCGUCGAAGUUCUUUGUUGUGUUAUCGACGUUAUCUUUGCGUUUAUGACAGUAGUGUGUUAAAUAAUAUCGCGGAUAUUCCAAGAAAAAAAAAUAUUCUUCGAAGAACUUGCUUUAAUAAUACAGUGAUAAAACCUAGGUCCAGUGGCCACGUCUAGUGAAAACCGAAAACAAUAGUGAGGAAGUGAAAUUUGGGUGGAAAGUGCACAUCGCUCGGUGCAAAUCGCCGAGCCGCAUACGUAAAUAAAAUUAGAACGCAAAUUCACACGCAUCGAAAACACCAAUAACAACAGCGCGCAACGAUUGCGGGAAAAUUGGCUUCUGCUAGGCUAAAAAUAGUCCAUAUUCUUCCACAGUCUGCGGUCAGUCGUCGUCAGUGGGAAAGUUGCGGCGAUUUCGUCAUUAUACCGUAAAAGAGUUAUCCCGGCCCGGAAAUAUUGACGGUGGCGGCGGCCAUAUCUUCGGGUAAUUUUCACGGAAUUGUAUGUGACGGACGACGGAGAACGACCCGAAAGUGAUCGGCGAUGAUGAUGGCACAGAACGAGGAUCCUCCCUUCAUCGGGGAUUGGCACCGUGAGAAGAAAUUGGGGAGUGGCGGAUUUGGUUUCGUUACACUAUGGAAAAAUCACAAAACCAAUGAGAUGGUUGCUAUUAAAAAAUGCCACAUCCUGCUCGAUAAGAGCGAGAUGACCGACAAGAACUGUGAACGCUGGUGCAACGAGGUAUCGCUGAUGACGAACAAGGUACGCAACGAGAACAUCGUUCGCACGGUUCAGGUUCAACCGGAAGCCUUCCUGCAGGAGCUGAUCAAGUGUUCGGCGAACAAGCUGCCGAUACUUUGUAUGGAGUACUGCGAGGGUGGCGAUCUGAGACGGGUUCUGAAUCGAGUCUCCAGCUGCAGUGGGCUGAAAGAGUUGGAGGUCAGGGAGAUUUUGCGAUCGCUGAGGAAUGCGAUUUCCUAUUUGCACGGCUUGAAGAUCACACACCGGGAUAUUAAGCCAGAAAAUAUUGUGCUGAAGCAGGUGGGGGAUCGGGUUGUGUACAAGCUGACAGAUUUGGGGUAUGCGAAAGCGCUGGAUAAGCAGAGCUUGAAUGCCAGCUUGGUCGGAACGGUUGAGUAUAUUGCUCCGGAUUUAAUUUAUUGCGAUCGGUACAACUGUUCUGUCGAUUACUGGUCCAUGGGUAUCAUAGGGUUUGAGAUCAUUUGUGGCAUACGCCCGUUCAGCCCGCAUUCGAUCGUUGCCAAGUGGAUGAUGCUUGUUCAGCAAAAGAAGUCCAACCAUAUCGCUAUAACAGAAGAUAAUCGUGAGAAUUACACGUAUCACAGUGAAAUUUUCCCUGAAAAUCACAUAUCUAGCGUCCUCAAAACUUAUCUGGAGAAAUGGUUGACCCUUGCCUUGGAGUGGAAUCCAAAACAGCGAGGACACGUCUUCCAAAUCGGCGACAAGGAAGUCACAGAACAGCAGCUAAAAUCCGCCAAAGAACCGCCAAACGGACAACCCGUUCAGGUGCUGAAGAUUUUCUCCAUGCUAGACCAUAUUCUGGCCAAGAAAAUUCUUACCAUUUUCUGUCUGUACGACUGUCGUUUCCUGAGCGUUGAAAUCGACGAUACAACCAACAUGGAUACACUAUGUUCCGCGAUCGCCGCCCAAACCGGAAUCGCUCGAGACGCGAUCGAGUUCGUUUUGCCAUUAGAACAGAAGCUGGACCGUGUAACGGCCACCACCAAGCCGGUCGAUCUCUACUUGGACGGAUUCUACGACAAACCGAUGCUCUUUGUCGUCAAAAAAGGUGCCAUCAUUCAGGCGGAUCUCAAGCCGCAAAUCCCCAAGAGCGUAACGGACGUAUUCCAGAAUAUCAAGGUCAAACUGAAGCCCCACAUGCUCAGGCAGUUCGUAGCGAAUGCGUGGUUCUUUGUGACCAGCGAGCAAAGGGUUUACGCCACGGCACUGGACGGAAUCAAGAACUACGGACUGAUGUUGAACGAGGAGAUUGUCAAGGGCAGGGAAGAUGUGGUCCGGCUGAAUAAGGUGUCGUACGGAAUCAGCGGCGGUUUGGAGUAUCACAAACUGUCGUUGAACCACGCCAAGGAGAAGGCGAUGAGCAAUCAGUUAUCGCCUGACACCAUCCAGCAGUGCUUCGCCGUACUGGAGGAACGUUGUGUCCGAAUGGAGGCCACCGUCGGCAAGCUAGCGGAAGUGGCGGACAAGAUAACCACCAGAUACGAAUCGGUGCUGAAGCGAAGUCGCGAAGCCGUAUCCCACCCGUUGCUGCGCGCCUCGGACCAGCAGGAUCAUUUCAAUCUGAAAAGUUUGGACAGUCGGUUCGAAAUCGCCCGGGUGCAGAUUCUGGAGAAAAACACCCACGAGAAGUCGCACAUCGAUAUGCUGCAGGCGGUCUACGAGUGCCUGAAGAAGCGCGACAUUCUGCUGAGGGACUACAGUUUCAAAGAGUUGCAACAGCAGCUGAUUGACAUCCGUCGCGAAAUGCAAGAGAUUAGAAAAGCCCUGGACAAGGCACAGGAGCACGCGGAAAAGUUCAAGAAGGACUUGGCCAAGAUGAUUGUGGAGCAUAACAACACCGUGUGGAGCUUGCUGAGUCAGAGUUCCUCAGUGAACAACGCAACAUGCAACGGAAAUGGUUCAAUCAUUCCCGACAUUGACCGAAUAAUGGGUUCCGGCAGUGGAACCGUUGUUAAUGGGGAUUUGCCGGGUGCUCCGCAGUUCGUGGUGGGAGGUACGGUUUCCUCGUUGCCGAAUUCAUUGGGAGGCGAGCCUAUCAGCAAGAGUUUACUCUGCUUUGGCGAGGGACCGGACGUCAUGUCGUUGAUCACGGCUAAUGAGUCAUUGAUUAUGACUACCGACGGUCUUAUAAACGACGCAUUCGAGUGGAUGAAGUGAAUCAUGUAUAUCACAUAGCCAUAUAAUGCAACGUAGUCAAUUUGAAAAGGUGCCUCCCUGAAUGGAUCGUUUUACUUACGGACAUUUGAAUGUGAUACGUCAUUGGCCGAAAUCGGAUCAAGCAUUUUCAUCAGCAUUCAAGCACAACUUUCGUAACAAUUCAUGAUUAGUUUUAAUGUUUAAUGUUUAUUACUACCUAUAUUUACAUGGAAGUAUAAUAAAUCUAACUGAAGUCUUA